AGAAGUCAGUUCGAAGUUAUCCUUCAUGAUGUUACAUAAUACAUUCAUUGUUGUGGUGCUACUAACAGUCGUCACUCUCUCAAGAUGUGACGAUAUAAUCGUUGAGGGUUACAAAGAUGUAACAGAACUACAAUUCUCUGUUGGAAUUGACUCAAUAAAGGAUCUUCAUAAGGCAUUAUCCGAGAAACCAGCCGUAGAAACCGUUAGAAUCAGUGAUCAGAAGGUACCUACAAUACCCAGCAAAGCUUUGUCUGAUUUGAACCUGGAAGAAUUACGUAUUGAGUACAGUGGAUUGGAGGAUAUAGAACCUGGUGCUUUGGAAGGCUCAAAUAUCUCAACGGUAUCGUUUUCCGAAAAUAAAAUACAGAAAAUCAAGAAGGGUGUGUUCAAUAAUCUGAAGUUCCAAAUCCUUCAUUUAGUCGCCAACGAAAUUUCGCACAUCGAAGCCGGAUCUUUCGAAGGUACGAUUGCUGGACGAAUUGAUUUGAGCGGAAAUAAGUUGGCAAUUAUAGAAACUUCCAUGUUUUCCAAAUCAACGAUUACCACUCUCAGGUUAGAAAAUAAUAACAUAGACGAAAUUGAGAAUGAUGCAUUCCAAAAAAUCACAGAUUUGAACCAUGUAGAUCUCAGUAGAAACAAGUUGGAAGUACUUGGUGACAUUUUUCAGGACACAGAAAAUUUGACGGACAUCAACCUAGACUGGAAUGAAAUCACACAGUUGCAACCGGACACUUUCAAAGGUACCAGCUUGGUUUGGAUAUGGAUAGAACAAAACAAGUUAACCUCGGUUCCGAAAGGAGUUUUCAAUAAUCUACCCAUCAAGUUGAUCAACUUAUCCUGGAACCGAAUAGCUACAAUUGAGGAAGGUGCGUUUUCAAACAUAAACAGCCUCUCUACUGUGUAUUUGUCUCACAAUAACCUAGCCAAGUUGAAAGCCUCGUUUUUCAACGGUAUAUCAGGAACACUCAACUCUCUUCAGCUGGAUAAUAAUCAUGUGAGUGAAAUCGAGCCACACACUUUCAAAAAUAUCAAAAUUCAAGAGCUGAUACUCAGUGAAAAUAAUUUGACUGAUAUCAAGAAGGGAAUGUUUGACGAUGCUGACAUUGAAAUUUUGAGGCUCGAGAGGAAUCAAAUUAGUCAUAUCGAAGUUGGGGCAUUUGAUAGUGCGGACAUCAAAGAUCUGAUUGAUGUAAGUGAAAACCGUUUGACGGAAAUUAAAAAAGAAAUGUUCAAGAUCCCUUUGUCCUCGGUGAACCUCGGAGAUAACGAAAUCACCUCCAUAGAUGAGGAAGCAAUGAGAGGGUUAACAUUGGAAGACUUGAAAGUAGAAAAUAAUCCCAUAUCCAGAAAUACUGUUUGAUUCUAUCAUUUAUUCUUGAUUGUUGAAAUGAACCUUAUCAUGACUUGAUUGUUUUCAUAGCGGUGAGAAAAAAGAAAUACAAAAAUGAAUAUAUUA